AGUUUUUUAAAAAAACUUCAUUUUAAAAACUUUACAUAAUUAGUUUAUCCACCUUAAAAAACGGUUAGAAGAAAAAUUUGUAAAUUUAUUAAAAUUAAAUUUGUUUCUUUCCAAAAUUUGCAACAACAUGUACGCUGAGAGAAAAGUUCUCGGAAACGGAUUGGAGGGCGAUGUCCCACAGGAUGAAUUGAAACCAGCGGUUAUUGUGGAAUCGCUGCGAUCCCUGGACACCCAAGAAUCAUCCGCCUAUCAAUUGGACGCCAUAGAGCCCGCCUUGAGUCCGGCAGACUUGCCGGCACGCUGCCGUAAAGCCUUUCUCCGGCACAUGAUCGCCCAAUUGCCGGAUGCCGUGCAGAACCGUAUCCGUGCCCUCCGACAGAAUCAAUUGCAACAGGUGCGGAUUGCUGAGCAAUUUUUCCGGGAGGUGUACGAACUGGAACGAAGAUUCUACGGCCAGAGUUGUGCACUGUUCGAUGCUCGGCGGGAUAUACUGGACGGAGUACUGGAGCCACCGGUGCAGGCGGAGAACUCGUGGCCGGAGGAUGCACUGCCGCUGGAUCUGGAGGGUAACGAGGAGCUGCGUCUGCUGGUGGGACAGUUGCCACCAGUGCCGACGGACACUCUGGGCAUUCCGCGCUUCUGGCUAACCGUCUUCCGGAAUGUACCGCAGCUCUCUGAACUGGUCCAGGACCAUGACGAGCCGCUGCUGGAGUGCCUGCUGGAUGUGCGACUGGGCUACGAGCAGGACAGCUACACGGUUACAUUCCAGUUUCGGCCCAACACCUUCCUCCACGACUCAUCCCUUCUGCUGACGAAGCGCUACUUCCUCCAGCACUCCGCCGACCAGGAAUAUCCCUUCCAGUUCGAAGGCCCGGAAAUCGUACGAUGCGAGGGCUGUCACAUCCACUGGCGCGACGGCUCCAAUCUCACCCUGCGCACCGUCCAGAGUCGGCGACGGGGUCGGGCGCGCAGUGUUCCCAAGGUGAUGCCGCGCGAAUCCUUCUUUCGGUUUUUCGCUCCGCCCCAGGCUCUCGAUCUGUCACUGGCCGAUGAGAAAACGAAGCUCAUCCUAGGCAAUGACUUCGAAGUGGGAUUCCUGCUGCGGACUCAAAUAGUUCCCAAGGCGGUGCUCUUCUAUACCGGCGAUUUGGUGGACAACGUUAACGAAACAGCGACGGACAAUGGUUCCGUAUGUUCCGAAAUAAUUGAAGCAGAACAGUUGCCGUAAAUGUGACCUAUAUAUAUAUAUA